AACUUCCCAGAGGUUGACCAGCUGUACUCAAGAUUUCGCCCUUUCUCUAAGUACUCCCAACAUUUACUAUACAAAAGUCUCGUUUCCAUUGUCCUCGGCCUAUACGCACGGUCAAUCGCUUCCACGAUUUCACUCACCAUUCCCAAAUCACCUUCCGAACUCUCAACUCAUCAAGAAUCGACACGGCGCACACACCAGCCGAUCGAGGCACAAUGCGUUCCUAUCAAGCUUGAGGCGAUCGGAGACCCCAUUCAUGGCACCGCCAAUCUUUCGUCGGACGCGCUUCGUCUGCAUAUCCGACACGCACAACUCGACACCAAAACUACCCCCCGGCGACGUCCUGAUUCACGCUGGUGAUCUCACCAACCAAGGGAGCUACUCCGAGUUGUCACGAGCGGUACAGUGGCUGGAGAAGGCGCCGUACGAGGCCAAGAUUGUGGUUGCAGGGAAUCAUGACAUUACGCUAGACAAAGCCUUUCUCGCGGAACAUGGCGCCCAUUUCCACAAUCAGAACCCUCAAUCUCACGAGGACUGCCUCUCCUUACUCGCAGACUCCCCAACCAUAACAUACCUGGAUCACUCCUCCACGACCGUUCGUCUGAGGACAGGAGUAAGAACAACAUUCUCCAUAUUCGGAUCACCGUACUCACCUAAGCGUGGUUUGUGGGCUUUUGGAUACGAUACGCAGGUUACAUCCACCACAAACAACGACCUCCCGAGGCUCUGGGACGACAUUCCGCUCGACACUGAUAUCGUGGUCACGCAUACACCACCGCGAACGCACUGUGAUAUGGCGCCAGAUAGGGGAUCAACAGGCUGUGAGGCUCUCCGCCAAGCACUCUGGAGAGUCCGUCCACGUCUAGCAAUCUGCGGUCACGUCCAUUCCUCCCGUGGAGCGAGGCGAGUCUCAUGGGAUCUCACGGCCGACCAAACCCCGUACCACGAGAUAUGCGUUGAUGAUUGGCAAGACCCGAGUCCAGAGGGGAGUCACAAGUUAUCUCUUAUUGAAUUGUCCUCCCGCACUGCCAAUCCUCUGCGUAAUGAUGGAAGUCACUGCAUCAAGACACCAUCACCUCCGCUUAUGACAGCGAACCCCUCCUCUACUUCCUCUCCUAGAGAGAAGCACACACACACAGAAAAGUCGUGCUUGGAGAGUGACGAUCCACACUCCCUUCGUUGCGGCGUAGCCGCCCUGCACGGUCGAUUGGGACGUCAAGAGACAUGCAUCGUCAACGCCGCCAUCAUGAAGACAAGCUACCCACACAGAGGGGGCAAGAAGAUGAACAAGCCAAUCGUCGUGGAUAUUGGUCUGCCUGUCUGGGAGGCAUGAUGAUGAUGGUUUCCUCCAUGAACAUUCAUUCCAUGGUGACAUGGCUCAUGCCGAUUGGGCUGAGAAGUGUUGCUAUCCGACUUGCGCCAU